AUUCAAUCAAAUUUAACUUUAAAAAAGUGAAAUGGGUUAACUGCCUGUGAGAGCCCACUGACCACCAUUCACCAAUGUCCUAAAUGAGUUGGUCAUAAAGGCUUGAAGCUGACUACAAUUAGAGUGCUUAACCAUGCUUUUUAAAUGUGUCUUUUAUCAUCAUGCUUAUCAUAGCUUUGCAUGUUUCAGUAGGGCCUAUUGGUUUGAGUGCCUACCUAGCCAUAAAGCCCUAGGCUCAAUUUGUUUCAGAAAUGUAAAGGCUGUGUGAGAAUUAAAUCUGAAACACAAACAAAAGAAGUUGAUAGGCUACAAGAGUAUGGAGGAUGGCAGUGGUUGUAAGCAGUAAAUGUAGGUUGGCUAGGCCAAAUAGUAGUUGGUCCUUUUUAUUGCAUGCCUGCAUACUCUUGUUUUCCAGAUGGUCAUGCAUUGAACAAAGUGAGUCUGGUUUCUGGCACUUGUGAGCUAGUCAUGUCCACGGACUUUCUCAGCUCAGAGUUGGACACUCUGAGCGAUGUUAUUGGACUCACACCAUCAGAUCCUCUGGAUAUGUUUGCAGAAAUGUGGUAUCAAGUGUUCCUUUGGGCUCUGUUUUCAUCCAUGUUUAUCCACAUUAUCGCGGCAGCGAUCGCCUUCUUCACGCUGCGGAAACAUAAAAUCGGAAAACUGGUGCCGCCUCUGAUGCUGGUGGUGGGCGUGGCCGGGCCGCUGACUGCCGGCGUCAUCACCAGUGCCACCAUCGCGUUCGUGUACCGCGCCUCGGCGUUCACGAUGCCGCCGUUCUACGCGCUGCUGUGGGGCUGCGGCCAGACGGUGGCCGGACUGUGCCUCUCCUUCAGCCGCAUUCUGGCCACCCUAUGAACGGCGGCUGACCGGCGCACACAGACUGAGGGCCACCCGUGGGCGGCACCCGAUUCUCAUAACUGGGUGCGUGGUGAUUUAGACAUUGAUGCGCUGUAACUCUAGCAAACCACUGAUUGGCUGUGAAGUGCUAACCACGGCUGAGAUGGAGAGUGUUGCUUGGUGGCAGUCGAGACACUGAUCUGACCGGAUACUGACGUUUCAUGAAUGUGUGGAAGUAAUAUGCUUCAAGUGCAUACAGACUGCGGCAUGCUGUCUGCUGACGUGGGUCAUUGUGUGGUGCUAGUCCAUUGUCAUCGUUAUUCGAUCCAUGUUAUUUGUUAAUGCGUUGAUGUGAAACAAUGAGAUCUCUUGCAAUUAGCUAGAGGUCAUAAAUAUU